GAUUGCUUGUUUGGGACAUCAUCAUAUCUGAGGGUUCAGCCAUCCACUAAAAUAUACUACCUUCUGUUCUCUGGGAUACUUCCUGAUCUUCGUACGGCUUUUGGCUGGGGUAGUCUUGGUUAUGAAGACCCGUCGAAAGUCGAAGCCAGGCAAUGGUGAAACCCUGGACACCACAACGCUCCACCCAGAAUCCCAGGCAUCUGAAUCUGGCACCGCGUCUAUUGGCUUUGAAGUCGAUAUUCCUGAUGAUGUAGACAUGUCUGCUUUGGAUAAUCUUUUUCCUGGGUUCCCCCUGUCAAGUCCUACGCCAGACACUGUUGUCUCAAUGUAUCGCACAUUAUUGGCGCAAGGACUCACAAUAGAUGCCCUGGAGAAAGAAAAGGACCAAGCUCGUGCGGAUGUCUUACGAUUAGAAGUUGAGCUGGACCAGGCCCUUCAAGACCACGAGGUUCAAAUUUCACAAAUGCGUACUUCCAUCGAGCAAGUCCACAGUGAACUCGAAGCAACUCAGAAUGAAAGUAGACAACUUGCUACCGCGCGCUCCACUCUCGAGGUCCAGGUCGAAUCGCUGACACAGGUUACUACCUCCACUUCUACUGAGACAGAAGAGCUACGGAGGGGGGUAGCCAAAAUUGAGGCAGAAAAGCGAGAUCUCCUGAGCGUUGUUGACUCACAACGAGAAUCUUUGAUGCAACGGGAUGAGGAAAAUCAGCAUCUUCGAACGAAGCAUAAAGAGCUACGAAUUGAGAUUUCCCAAUUGCAAUCCGAACUGGCCGAAGCGAAGUCUAACGAGAACGCGAGCAAGUUCCAUUCCUACACGCUCGAACAGGAGGCUAACCUUCUUCGUGAGGAAAACCAGCGACAUAUGGUAGAAUUCAAUGCACUUCAAGAAUCAUCCACAACGGAGCGUCGUUCCAAACAUGCGGAAAUCGUUAAGCUUCAAUCUGAGGUCGAUACCUUGACUCAAGAAAACGCAUCUAUCGAGUCCAGAUUUUCCACUCUGCAGAAGGCCCAUCGGGCGCAGGAGACUCAGUUAAUGGAGUCCCUCAGCAAAGGUCGGGCCCUGCAAGCUGAGCUCUCGCAGCAAACCGCUCAGUUCCGCGCUGAGUCCGGGACUCGGGAACGCUUGGUUGAACUCAUGGACAGAAGAAACGACGAGUCGCGACGUCGGGUUGAGGAGAUUGAAAGGGAAUGGGACGCAGUUCUUGCUAAAGCUUCUGCCACCGAAGAUUCGUUACGCGAAGAACUCAUGAAAGAGCGACAACGAAAUGAAGAGCUCGAAGCCCGCCUCCAAGAACUCAGGAUAGCCGGAGAGAGGAUUGGCCCUGCGGACGGUAUGAGCACUCCUGUCGGUGGGAGAUUGAUAACGUCUACCCCGGGAUCAUCGUCUUCGCCUUUCCUUUCGUUAUCGCCCACCGCCAGUCUCGCCACCAGACUUCAAAAGAGUGGCAGGAGUUACACUGAAGUCUACGCUGACUACAUCAAGAUGGGAGAGGAGCUCACAAGGCAGAAAGAGGAAACUCGGCGACUGGAGACGGCCCUAGCUCAGAUAUUGAGCGAUAUCGAGGAAAGGGCACCUCUCAUCCAGAGCCAACGCGUGGAAUAUAGUCGGGCGACGGAGGAGCUUGCUCAGCUGGCAAAUCAGCUCGCUCAAACUUCUGCUGAGCGUGACGAACUCGCCCGAUCUGCUGAGGACAGCGCUUCGCUCGCCAAGAAGCUGCGCGAAGAAAAUGAGACUCUUGAACGGCAGCUUAGUGACCUAGGGCGACAGGUGCAGGCUUUACUGCGAGAGGUAUCCGUUCACGAAGAUCCUUCCUUAGGCGGCGUUGGCUUCGAUCUGCCAGAGGAUACUAUUGAAGACACCGAUUCUGAUCAAGUUAUCACAAAUCACCUCGUUCUUUUCAAGUCGCUUCCUCAACUCCAACAACAGAACCAACGUCUCUUGAAGACCGCGAGGGGGCUUGCAGCACAAUGGGAGAAGCGCCAAGCGGACAUCGAAACCGAGUGGUGCAAGGAAGAAACUCAAGCCUUAGCGGAAGCGAGUGAAGCAGUAAAAGAAAUGGAAGAGGAACUCCAGCGCCAGAAGGUUCUAUCUGCGGCGCAUCAACGGGAGCGUGACAUGUAUCGCAACUUGUUGACCCGACAGGGUCGUGAUCCUGGUGCAGGAUCCUCGACAGAAGCAACCUCAGCCCCGGCAGGCACUGGUGAGGGAGAUAGCAGUGGCUAUCGACGGCUUCUUGAAGAACAGCAGAGCCUGUUCGAAGCGUUUAAGACCGAAAUGGGUGUUGAUUCGACGAAACUAAAGGAAGAUCUAGCUCGUGCUCAGCGUGACCUUGGUCAAUUGAGCGCACAGUUAGCAAAAGCGAAUGCGCAGAUUGAUUUCCUGCAAGAGAGGAUCAAAAUUGCCCAAAAUUCGGCCGAGCUUCAGUCUCAGGAGAAUACUAACUUACAAAAGCGAAAUCAACAACUUCAAGAGACUGUCGGGAAGACGGAGAUACGUUCGUACCACGUUUCGGAGGAACUGAGGGAUGUCAAGGUGACAAUGGAGCGUCUAAGAAGCGAAAACGCCAGCCUUCAGGCGGAAAACAAUUUCCUUAGGGCAUUUGAGGCUCGCCUCCAGGAAGAGAACAAGAACUUGUCGAAGGAGAGGGCUCAGCUCAAAGACUUGGUAGGCAACAUACAGGCUAUCCAAGCGGAGCUGGAAAGGUCCGGAGAAUCGGAGAAACGUCGACAGGAAUCGCAGAUCAAACAUCUGGAGUCUCAAACGCAAGAUCUCCGGGAGCAAUUGAAUAAGCAAUCCGAGGAGAGCCGGCGAACCUUGCUUCAGAAAGAUCUUGAACUUGGAGAUCUUCAUUCCCGUGUGGAAUCACUCACAAAUAACCUGUUCAAAUCCAAAGAAGGAUUGAGCAUCGCUGAAACGAGCCGCGGACACCUUCAAACUCGUGUGGACGAUCUUCUUAGGCAACUACAAGGCGCAUCUUCGAAGCUUUCCGUCUACGAACGUCAUCCUGGAGCACAUGAUGAUGUUCCUCCAAGUGCCCGGGAUCUUUCCGAGGAGGAGCAGCUUCGCGCCGAAGUUGCUGAUUUGAGUGCUGCCUUGAAGGUUGCAGAAGGCGACCUGGCGAGGGCCCACGAGCACGUUGACCAGUUCAAGAACAUCAGCCAAGCAAACGAAGCUGCUUUGGAGAGUUUAAAUGAAACAUUCGAGGAAUACAAGCUUGAAACUGAGAAACGGAUCACAUCAUUGACUAAUGAGGUGCAACGCUUGAAGGAGCAGUACGAUCAUACUCAGCAAGAACUAACCACGGCUCUGAGAGAACAUUCUGAGCUGAGUCAGCAGCUUGAUGCGCAACGUUUGGAAUUCGAGAUCGAUCGCCGCACCUUGGAAGCGACCAUUGCCGAUUUCAGUACAGUAGAGGAUAAGGCCUAUGCGUCACAGAAAUCCAUUCAAGAAGAUUUACGCCGUCAGGCGCAACUUGCCCAGGAUGCCCACGAGAAAUAUUCCCGAGAACUGGUUGCCCAUGCAGAGUCCAUGAAGCAUAUCAACGUUCUCAAAGAGGAACUGGCUGAUGCACAAGGUAAAGCACGCGAAUAUCAGACACAAGCUGAAACUGCGAUUGCUCGUGCCAACACAUCGGAGAGCACAUGGACUAGCCAGAAGGAGGCGCUUACGAAAGAGAUGGAAGAAAUUUCAUCGCGGUGCAAAGAUCUUAUAUCUCAAAAUGCCGCCCUUCAUCAACAUCUUGAAACUGUCAGUUCACAAGCAACCAAAAUUCGUCAGGCAGUAGAAGCUUCUCCUGGGGUUGCCCCACCUGCCGACGCCAACGGGAAGGAUUCCGAUAAUGCUGUGGCUGAAUUGCGAGCAGUCAUAUCUUUCGUUCGGCGGGAGAAAGAGAUCGCCGAACUGCAGCUUGACUUGCAUAAACAAGAAAACACAAGGCUGAAGUCAUAUAGCGAUCAUCUAGCCCAAUCCCUUGAGGCGACCCGCAAUUUGCUGAAAGAGGAACGUGAGAAAGCAUCCCAGUCAGCCACUUCUGCAGAGCAGCACGCCGACCUUAUGGAGAAGAUUAAUCAACUGAAUUUGCUUCGCGAAAGCAACACGACCCUGCGUUCCGAAGCUGAAGCCAAUUCAGCCGCGGCUCACGAUCUCCGAAUCAAGCUUCAGAAGGCCCAAUCUGAGGUGGAGCCACUUAAGGAGAGGGUCCGCGUCCUGGAAGCAGAACUCAAGGCUCGCGAAGAUCACAUUCAUCGACUUGAAGAGGAUAAUAAACGACUCAAAGACCGCACCGAACAAAUUCUUAGCAAGCACCAUCGUGUCGAUCCAGCCGAGGUACAGUCAUUGCGGGACGAGGUUGUUUCCCUGAAGACCGAACACGGCGAGCUCAAAGGGCAGAUUGAGGCAAAAGAUGCACAGAUUGAACGUCUAAAAGAGGCGCUUCAGACCGCAAAGGCUGCUCAUAGCAAGCUCUUUAACGAAACUCGCGUCCGUUUUACUAGCCUCAACGACCAGAAUGCACAGUUGACGUCUCAGUUGGAGUCCAGCAAGCAACUUGUAGUCUCGCUGGAAGCGGAGAAGACAUCUCUGGAAGCCAGACUUGCGGAACAGAACACCUCUGGAGAAACACAAGCCAACACAGCAUCGGAACUUUCUGCCACAGUUGCUCUGCUCGAGGCAGAACGAGACGCGCUCCUCUCGGAGAAAAAUGCCAUGGCCGCACAAGGCACGUCGCCGGAGGUUAACGCGUUGAGGGCUCAAUUUGAGAAGGAAAUAGCCGAUGCCAAGGAGACUCAACAGCUCAUGAAUAAUCGCAAUGACAUGAUGAAACGCGACAACGUCAAGUUCAAAAAUGAGAUCAAAGCACUCGAAUUGCAAUUGUCAAGUUUGCGAAAGGCGCAGGAGGCCACUGUAGCCGAGGGGAAUGUCGCCGGUGGGGAAAACACUGCAUUGGAUGUCCAAGAACUAGUUGCUCGACGGAUCGCCGAAGCCACGGCAGCUCAUGAACGCGACAAGUCGCAAGCCAUUACAGCAGCUAUCGAGGACUUCAAAAAGGACACGGUCCCGAGGAGUGAGCUCGAGGCUGAGGCGCAAAGGAGAGCAGCUGAGCUAAAGGCAUUGGAAGAGCGAAUGACCGCUUCUCACCAAGCUGAGGUUCAAACCGCUCGAGUCGCAGUUGCCUCUGAUCAAUCGAUCUCUGAAGUUGAGGUGGAAACUAAGAUCGCGGAAGCUCGUGGGAAGUGGGAGGCUGAAGAACUUGGCCAACUGAGGAUCAAGAUUGAAGGCGAGCUUGCGGCCCAGCACCUUGCGGAUAUUGAGGCGGCAAAAGUCAGUGUCACUCGGGAACUUGAAGCAAAGCAAAAGGCCAAAGAUGCACAAAUGAACCGCCUUCGCGCAGAGGUCGAGAAGUUGAAAAAGCAGAUAGCAGAUUUAACAAAACCCUCAUCUUCCAACCUCCCUGCUUCAGCUUCAGCCGCAUCGAAGCAUUCACCUGCCACACCGACGGCUCCAGCACUACCUGUGAAAUUGAUACCGACUGCGCCUGCGAAUAGUCCCACUACGCAGGGCGCCAUCCGAGGCCAGGCUGCGGCCCGAGGUCGCGGCGUCGGCCGUGGUGCUGGACGGGGAGGCUCUCAAGUGCUUCAAAACGUGAAUGCCACCAUCGCGGCUGCUACCCCACAAUCCACUUCACAACCCCCCACGUCGAUCAUUGGCGCUGCAUCUGGUCCUCAAGCUGCGAAACGGCCGCGUGAAUCCGAGACGCCAGAAGGGCCCCAGGGAGAUGCGAAACGACCGCGAGGCGGUGCACCAGUGAUCAACCGGAGUCGUCUGCCUGCCCAACCGAAACCUGCCACCCCCCAAGAUCAACCUCCAUCAUGAGGAUUCCUGCACAGCAGUUGGACAUUCUUCCGGCAUUGCAUACUUUAUCCCUUGUACUUUAUUCACUGCAUUUUCGACAUUAUUUACAUGCACCUUCAUAUCCGCAGCCAGCUUUUCCCACUUCGUAGCGCGCGGUCCCGCAAAUGUCUGAACCCCAAAUGAAUUCCGGCGUGCGAGAGGUUUUCUGUCACUGCCUUAGGUGGAGUCAUUUGUCAGUUCCAAGGAAAUAAAUUUU